AUGAUAUCAUUCAAUGAUCGUCUAUAUCAUGUCCGUUUAAUUGAUUGUCCACCGAUUGAAAAAAAAUUUCCAACAAAUUCUGUUGAUGAAUGGGAAAGUUAUCGUGGUUGGGGAUUGAGAAAUGCUACAGCUUUCAUAUUAGUAUUUGAUGUGAACUCUGAAUCAUCAUUUCAGUAUAUACGUCAUUUACGUGAUCAGAUUAUCGCUGAAUUCAAUGAUAUCCCUUUAUUGUUAGUAGCGAAUAAAAUCGAUUUAUUACAACAAACCUCCUCUAGUGGUGGAUUAAAUUCAUCCCAGUUUAUCCCAUCAUUUUAUUCAUCGUCAUCAACAUCAUCUUCAGGUGUCAUGACUACAUCUACACCAGCAUUGUCACAGAGUACAACAUCAACAACAAAUUCCAGUUAUCGAUAUAAUAUACGUCGUGAUAUUAAUAUUAUUAUUAAAAAACAAUGGAAACGUACUGUGCUUGUUGAAUGUUCUGCUAAAUACAAUUGGCAUGUCAUGAAUGUUUUCAGAGAAUUAAUGCGUAUUUUAGAGAAUCGAGAACAAGCGCAUAAAGCAACAGCUGCUAGAGCUGUACAAAAUGCUUUAAGGAAUAAUCAAUGUUCUAUUAUGUAA